AUGGCACGCCAGAAUUUUUUGGGACUUGUUGUUUCUCAAGGGAAGAUGAUGAAGACAGUGAAGGUCAGAGUGGAGACAAAGGUGUUUAAUAAGCGGAUUAACAAAGAACUUUUUCGCAGAAAGGACUAUCUGGUGCAUGACGAAGGCGAGGUAUCGAGGGAGGGCGAUCUGGUGCGUAUUGAGGCGACUCGGCCGUUGUCGAAACGCAAGUUCUUCAGUAUAGCGGAGAUUAUCAAAAACAAAGGUCAACAGUUUGCGUUGUACGAGUCGCAGGCCAUGACGCGUGUGGCGGAAGAAGAGGCCCAGAAGACACAGAAAUUUUUGAGCAAGAGGCAGCAAUUGAGCGCCCAGGAAAGCGUUCUGCUCAUGGACAUACGUAAGAUACAGGAGGCACUGGCAAGCGGUCAGAGUGCAGAGGAGCUGGUAGAAAUCAAGGAAAGAUACGGGUUAGAGAACUUUACGGCUGGCACGCUAAGAGAGCUUUUGCAGCUGGAUAUCAUGGCAUUGGGACAGCGAGUUGAAGACGAAAGAAAAUCCGUGGAGACCGUGCAAGGUCGGGUACGUGAACUUAUGGGUAACGACCCAGAUGCGAACGCGUUUCUACGUGAAAACGGGGUAAUGGAACCGGAACAGCUCAAGAGUAAUAUCAAGAAAAACCUGAUCCGGAAAUACGUGAUGCAGUCGCUGUAG